AUGUCUGGACCCUCGUGCAUUUCGAGACUAGCAUUAAAGCCAAUAACUCAUCCGUAUGAAGGUUGGGCACCGCAUCGUUACUGCAAUUCCUUAGACAACAUUGAGACAACACGCAUCCCACCACUUACGUCCAAGCAGGCAAAAGUCGUAGAGUCUUUGGAACAAGUUCAGAUUAUUGCACGACAUGGAGCACGAGUUCCCUAUGCGAGACUCUUUUGUUGGGAUUCACGCAAGCAUAAUCCAAUGAAUGCCGAAUGGGACUGCACUACCCUUUCUGUUUCGUCACAGGACCUUAAUGUUUCAGAACAAUCAAAGGGAUUUGGUCGCUUGUACCGCAAGCAAUACAUUGAUGGACAUAAUAUUCUCAAGGGAGACUGCAUUGUUGGUGGACUGCUCGAAUUGGGGCGUCAGCAACACAAGAAAAAUGGAGAGUUUUUGCGUGACGCGUACGUGGGUGACGGCUCACUAAAGCUAUUCCCCACUGCCAACUUGUUGGACCUCAAUCUGUCGGAUAUCUAUCUCCGAAGUGAUGACCAAGAGAGAACGCUAGGAUCAGGUCAAGCGCUGAUUGACGGACUCUUUCCGGUUGACAGUGCCCCACCACUUGAGCUUCACCGCAUGCUAUCAUGGAAUGUUGCAGACAUUUCGGUUGACUACAUCAGUCCAAACGAUAAUAUUUGCCCAAUCAUGUCACACAUUAAACAGGCCUCCAACGAGAGUCCUGCGUUUCGGAAUCACCUUGAAAACCCUGCUACUGUCGAUAUCGAGCAUCAUUUUAAUGAUAUUGUCGGUGGUUUCUCCUGGAACACAGUACUAGAGUGCCUAAGUACGGCGCGCUGCAAUAACCUCGAGCUACCAGAUGGAGUGGAUGAAGAGACGUUUAUCAAGACUUACCACGAAGUUGAAGUGCGCGAAGGUAUAUUUCUGACCUACAAUGAUUCGUGGUACGCAAAAAUUGCGAUGCAACCGCUAGUCCACGACAUGGUCACUCGGCUCAAUGGCGUAUUGAACGGUGACCCGGACGCGUACAAGCUUUCUAUAACGAUGGCUCAUGAUUCAACUAUCAUGCCAUUCCUGGCUGCAACCGUGAAGGAGAACUGGGACCGCAUGUGGACUCCAUACGCAGGCAUGCUGGUGCUUGAGGUUUACAAGACUAAGAGUGGAUCGCAUGCAGCUCGAAUGAUUUUCCAUGGAGAUCCUCUACUGUUACCUGAUUGCCGUGACACUCUGUGUGACAUUGAAGAGCUCUCCAAGGCAUUUGCAUUUGCGCACAAUCCGCGCACUGAGCACGAUUGCAAGCUGCCCGAUAUGGAAAACAAAAGCAAAACGCCAUCGUCAAGUUUAAGUACGAUGGCCGAUGACCAGGACCAUUUCCGUGCGUCCGACUACAUUGGAAGUUACUUACUGUUAGGCCUAGUGGCUAUUGCUGGAUUGCUUGUAUUGCGUCAGCGUAAUCGACAAGAGGAAGUGCGUAGUGCUGAUGAAGGUAUUUCUCUCCUGUCUUAA